AUGAGCACAUCGGACUUCGCGUCCAGGAUCCCCUCCGAGGAUGAUGUGAACCUGUACAGCUCAUACGGCGGCUCGGCCUCGGACGUCAACCGCUCGCCCGGGCUCUCGUCCUCUCCCCCCCCGGACUUCCACCGACUGUCGCGCCAGUGCAGCGAGAGCAGCUACCAGGAUAGCAAUGCCUCCCCCUACCAGCGCCCCCACCCCGGGGCCCAUGCACACCAUGCCGGGCCCAAUCCCCUGGAGGUGGAGUUCCCGGCGGACAUCCUGGCCGAGCAUCUGUCCCGUGUGGCGGAUGAAACCCGCCGCCGGGCCGCCGACGACCUGUCGCGCAACCUCCGCCCCCGGAGCAUGCUCCUGCCCCUGCAGCUGGCCAAUCCCUCGCUGCCGGCCGGGCACUGGACACGCCGGGCCUCGCACGCUGGGCUCCUGUCGGCCACGGCCGGGCCCGGGUCCUCCGGGUCUCCCGCGCCCGGGGGCCCUGGUGUCUUGUCCUUCGGCGGCGGGGGGUCCCCUCGCGGUGGCCCGGGCCGGGCUGGCCGGGCCCGGUCCGGGUCCCUCGGCUCCAUCGAGCUCUUGACCACGGCCGCCUCGGCGCGGGCCCAUGCGGCCGCGGCCGCCGCCGGCCGGGCCUCCACCCCGACGCUGACCCUGCCGCCCGGCUCGCGCGCCCACUACCCCGGUGCGGCUUACGAUCCGGUGGUCGGCAUCGGCUCCAUCUCGGCCGGGUCUUCCAGCAGCUCGCUCUCCCGGUCGCCGCAUUCCCCCAUGCCGGCCCUGGCUCCCAUCAGCAUGCUGUCCCUCAGCCAGGAGGGGGGCGACGGCGUGUCCCCCAUCUCGGCCUACCCCUCGGCAUCGGACUCCGGCGCGCCCGGCCCCGACCCCUCGACCGUCGAGCAGCACGGCGGCCUGCCCCUGGCCCGGCGCUCCGGGCCGCCUCCCCGGUCUCCCAUGGCCACCGUCGACAACCAGCCCCCGUCGGAGGAUUUCGACAGCGGCACCGAGAGCGACGAAAGCACCUACAUGAUGCUGGCCCCGCCUGCCGAGGUGCCGCCCGCGCUGCCGGCCGUGGCCGUGUCACCGGCCCCGGCCCUGGCCGCCCGGCGGAUAUCCUUCCAGGCGGCGCCGCAGCUCCACCUCCGCGGCCCCUCGGCCACCGGGACCGGCUCCGGUGCUGGCCUGCACGAGGGCAUGGCCGGUCUGCCAGGCAGCGGGACCAUCGGGCCCGGGUCUGCCGGCCCCACUGCUCCGGGCAUUGCCCCGCUCAGCCUCGAUCACCUGUCGGCCGACUUGUCGGACACAUCGCUGGCCUCCUCGCGCGCCAGCUCCAGCAUCUCCUCCCCGGGCAUCCUCCCCUCGCAGGGGGCUCUCAGCGAAUUCCACAACUCCUUCCCCGCCUUCGACGCGUCGCCGGUCGUCGCGCACGAGACUCUCCACCCGAUCUGCCUGAAUUCGCCCUCCUGCACCGGGCCCGAUGGCAUCCCCCGGGCCCCGCUGCUGUAUGUGUCCGAUGCCAAGCUCCCCGCGCGGGACAUCGUCCUCAUGGCGCUCUCGCGGCUGAACAAUCCCCCGGAGCUGGUGGCCUAUCCGGAUGAGGAGGAUGUGCAAUUUUUCCUGCGCGGCGCCGGGGCCGGGACCGGGGCCGGGGCCGAUGCCAGCCUCCUCGAGCCGCCCACCACCCCUUCCUACCCCCUGCGGUCGUCCACCAGCAACAAUGAGUUCUCCACUCCGGAUGCCUCCUUGACGGACCUCUCCCCGGGGUCGGGGGCGGCUCUGGCCGGUGCCGGUGCUGGUGCCGGUGCCGGUGCCGGUGCCGGUGCCAGUGUCGGGCUCGGACCCAGCGAUCCUCAGGCCGCCGGCCGGGCCCUCGCUGUGGGUGCCCUCAAUUACACCCCCUCUGGCGUGCACAUUCGCGAGCGCCUGCGCACUGGUGGGCUCGGUCGCCCACUCCUCCCCUUCGAAACGCUGCAGGACUACUCCCCGACCGAGGUCGGCCCAACUCCUCGGACCGGGGCCGGAGCUGUCACCGGUGCCGGCUCAGCAGGCCCCGGCUCCGGUGAGAUCGACUACAUCGUGGCCGACGCCGCGUGUCGUAUUCUCUUCGUCAUCAAGCGUCUCAACCCCUACUUGAACGACAGCUUCACCGGCCUGGCGGUCACCAGCCAGCUGACGUCCGACAUCCGCGCCGGCAAGAUGCUCCCCUCCGGCAAGGCAGCCAUGCUCAAGAGCACCAGCCGGCUGCUCUUCCACGCGUCCACCACCAUCGAAUCCUAUCGGGAGGUCCUUUUCGACACCCUGCACUCGAUGGAGACAUUGCUGGCCACGGUCCGCCAGCGGCCCAUGGGCCGCGACGAGGCGGCUCUCAACUACUACAAGAGCAUGCAUGACUUCCUCCUGCGCAACAUCGAGGCCACCACCCGCAGUGCCAGUGCCAAAUACGCGAGCAUCAUGUCUCACGAAGUGGAGGUCCCACUGAUCGCCGAGCUUGGAGGCUAUUGUGUGGAGGCGCCGCAGCUCGGCGCCCCGGCGGCCCUGCCCCCCCACUACACCUUCCUCCUAUGUCACCGGUGCGAGGGGUCGCAAUAUGUACCUGCCAGCCAGCUCCACCCCCGCGCCGGGACGGACUUCCCCCUGCUGCCCAAUGCCCCUGGCUCGACAACGGUCACACACCCGGCCAACUCGGCGGCCGGGGCCGGGGCCCAGGCGCGUCGGGCCUCCUCCAGCCCCGGCUGGCGGCAGGUUCUCCGCCGGGCUUCCGGCGCCGAGGAUCCGCCCGGCGGCUGGGGCGCCAGUCCCACCAGCGGCGGGGCCUCCACACCGGACAUGGAGCUCCCGUCCGAGUCCGACAGCGAGGGCGAUGCCCUGCCCCUCGGGGCCGGGGCCUCCGCCGGCCGGCCCCUGUCGCCCUCGGACCAGCCGGAGUUCGCCUCCUGCCCCAGCUGCCUGGGGUCCGGCUGCCGGGCGGCCCCGCUGAUCGACGACGACGAGCCGGUCAUGCACCAUCUGAACAAUGGGUUCCUCUUCCGCGAGUACUUCUGGUACCCGCUCCGGCGGCCGACCGGCGGCGCUCCCGGGGCCUGCCACGAUUCGCUGCUGUCGGCUGAUGCCUCCUCGCUGGCCGGCCCCGGGGCCGGGGGCGGCAUGUUCAACUUCCUCGGGAUCGACUCGCGCUUCGGGCCUCUCUGUGUGUCGGCCAUCCGCGAGCAGGGGGAUCACGCGGUUUCCGGGGCCACUUCCUCCGGCACCGGGGGCGUUGCCUCCGGGACCGGUGGCGAUCGCCUGCGCGUGCUCAUCUGGACCAGCGACGGGUGCUUCGUGCGCUUCAUGCCGCUCACCUCGCUCACCCACCUGCGCGGGGAUGUCCUGGCGGAAAUCCUCUCCAAGCGCUACUCCACCGACAACUGCCUCACGUGGAUCCCGGAUGUCGGAGCCGGCGGCGCCGCGGCGCUCCGUGCCCAGGGCCUGGCCGGGGGCGCCGGCCCGGGCGGCCUCACGUCCAUGCUCUCGCGUCGGACCCCGGGGCUCGGGUCUGGCGGGUCGUCCACCGCCUCCUCCGGUGCUGCCAGUGCCUCCGGUUCCGGAAGCGGCAAAGGGGCCCAUACCCCGAGCUCCGGGCCUGGCGGUCAUCGGGUUCCGGCCAUCUCCCUCAGCGAAGCCCUCCUGCAGUUGGAGCACAAGCAGAGUGAGGUCCGGUACAAGUUCGGCGUGCUCUACGUUCGCGACGGCCAGGUCCGCGAGGAGGAAAUGUUCGGCAACACCCAAUCCAGCCAAGACUUCGAGGACUUCCUCGGCCUGCUGGGCGACCGCAUCGAGCUCAAGGGCUGGUCGCACUACAAUGCCGGCCUGGAUGUCGAGUUCGUCAACCAGCAGAACGCCGCCUACCGGGCUCCUUCCUUCCGGGAGAAGUUCAAGAAGAGCCGCUCCUUCCAUCUGGAGCGCCUGGUCGAGGACUACCUGCCCGAGGCCUCGCUCCCCUCUUCAUAUUCUUCCACGUCGCUCUACUCGACCACCUCGUCUGCAUCGGGCUCUUUGCCGGACAAGUCGCCUGGCAGCCCGUCCGGCUUUCCGCGGUCAGUCUCCUCGAAGUUCCUCAACUUCGCUCGGCGCCCAAAGCGUCAGGCCUCCACCGGAUCGCUGUCCGUCUCGUCAUCCUCGUCAUCCAUUUCCCUCAACACCGACAUGCGAUCAGCCUCCUUCUCCGGCUCGAGCGGUCCCGGCCCGGCGGGUGGCCACCAUAGCACCGGGUCUCUUCCGCACACCUGA